GCAGCACUGUCCAACUCAACAAAAAGCCGUGUCAAGUAAACAAAAAUAAUUUUGACACAUUUGCAUCUUUUAUUAGGAUAAUUAAUUAGAAUACUGUUGGCCUCUGGAAUAGCAGAGGCAAACAAAUACCUGCAGUAAUCAAAAACCAGCUUGCAAAACACAUCACAAUGCGAAAGACUUGGGUCAAACGAGAAAACAUCUACUAUAAACCAUUCUAUAAGCAAAAGACGAAGAUGCUGUUAUUGGGAGUAUUUCUAUUAGGUAUAGUGUUUAUUAUUUAUCAGGCUUUUUCAAUAAAUCAGCUACCAAGUGCAAGUACACCUUGGAGUUUGGAGGGUACUAUGAACGGAAUUCGUCAGAAACAUAGAGAAAUGAUACAAUCGCUCGGCCGUAAACAGACUGAUGGAUACGAUGAUGGAGGUGGCGGGCAAGGCACUAAUACAGCGGAUGAUUCCAUUAAAAUUAUACGUGGAAUACGACUAUUUGAUUACGAUUCGUACAAGCCAAACUUCGAUGGAAAGUUUCGAUGUUUGGAUGGUAGAGCUGAAGUACCGUUCGACCAUGUUAAUGACGACUACUGCGAUUGCAUUUAUGACGGAAGUGAUGAACCCAGUACGAAUGCAUGCAAAAAUGGUCGCUUUUACUGUAAAUACCAAAAACGACACAUCACUGGGCGCGGCGUGGACUUAUUCGUACCCAGCAGCCGUGUAAAUGACGGAAUCUGUGACUGCUGUGAUGGUAGUGACGAGUGGCUCACCAUUAGCUGUAUAAAUAGAUGUACAUAAUAAGGAACUCGUAUUAAGCUUUAAGCUCUUGGAGUUAGGUUAUUUAGGUAUUCGAUAAAGAGCGUAAAAACUCGAAAUAAAAUAUAAGUCUAUAGAUUUUCCAUAUGCGAAGCAAGUUAGAAUAAUU